UUUUGUAAAUUUAGUCAAAAACUUAAAUUUAACAUUUUUUUUUGUGCGUACGAUAAUUUUUUAGAAAACCCGAUAAUUUUACGGCACUGUGUCGAUCAGACAAGCAAAAGUUUCUGGGAACACUGACGCGGAGGUAAGUAUGUGUGUGGGUGUUUUCACUGAAUCUACGCCGCAUUGUAAAUUUCAUAUCGUCACGCGCGUGACGUCACAACAAUUGAUCAACUAACGUAAAUCUACAUAUUAUGAAAUAUUAAUUGCUUGUAUAUUGAUUAUAUUAAUACUGAAAGAAAUAAAAACCAAGUUUUCUGGAUGAUAAAUUGAGGUAAAAAAUAAAACUUGAAAAAUAAAUAUGAGAUUCGAAAGAGGUUAUACGUUCACCAAAAAGCAUGUGAUUCUUUAUGAAUGGAGAAUAAACGAAAUAAGUUCAUACUUUGAAAAAAAUAACGAUGAGGUUAUUUACAAGCUGGACCUUGAGUCACCAAAGUUUUCAGUUGGAGCGGAUGAACAAAAAAAGUGGUAUCUGAGACUGAAGUCUGCGAGUGAUCCGGAUGAAGACAAAACUUGGUUGUCUUUAUUCCUGCACUAUUCGUCUUCGAAAGAAUCAGAGGUCAAGACCAAGUAUUUUUUAUUUAUUUUAAAUGAUAAAAAAGAAAGAGUUAAUGUUUCUGAAUUUCAUAAAUGGUUUAAAAAUGACGGCGACGGUUGGAUCUGUGCUGAGUUUGUCAAAAAAGCAGAUCUGGAAGAAAAGAAAGAUGAGCUUCUUCCGGAUGAUACACUGACAAUCGGAAUAGAACUUACAGUCUACGAUGAUUCCACGACAUUUUCUACCUACAUAACAUUGGAAGAACCAAAAUCUCAAAUGGUUGCUGAUUAUAAGAGACUCUUUGAAAGCAAGGAAGGCUGCGACGUUGUCAUCAAGGUAAAAGACGAGACUUUUGAAGCUCACAAGACGAUCUUGAUGGCACGCAGCGAAAUGUUCUUUAAGCUGUUUACUGUUGAAAUGAAGGAGAGUAAGGAAGAAUUUAUAACUCUGUCAGACAUCGAACCUGAAAUAUUCAAUAGCUUGUUGGAAUUUAUCUACAUAGACGAAGUUUCUGACCUGGAUGUUGUCGUGGAAGAUUUGUUGGAGGCUGCUGAUAGAUUUCUGAUAGAGUCACUGAAAAGUAUGUGUGUAGAGUCUCUGAUUAAACUGAUAAAGAUCGACAAUGCUGUUCGAUUCUUGUCCUUAGCGGAAAGACAUAAUGCUCCUCAGUUACUCACGCACGUUACUGAUUUCAUUGUUUUGAAUGUUGAGGAUAUCAUCAAGAGUCGAGAGUUUAAAAUUAUGGAGAAGUCGAAUCCAUCUUUGGCGUUGAUUUUGUUUAGAAAGUUUGCAGCUUUGAAAACUGAUGGAACAUUUUUGUUUUCUGACUCUGCUAAAAAAGCUAAGUAAAUGUGGUUACACAUUUUGGUACCAUCAAAAAUUCAUCUUGAGCUUCAAUAAUUAUUCUUCUAUGAUUUUUUAUAAACGGUUAUAGUGUUAUAAUUUUUAUAUUUUGUUAA